AUGAAGUUGGCCGUGGCUACAUUUUCUGCUCUUUUCGGUAUAGCAUGCGCGAAUGAGAAUCCAUAUUCAAGUCCAAAUGACUUCCAGGCAGCAUGCUCGAGCAUUAUCCCGAAGCUGAACAUAGAACAUGCAACCGUGCAAUUUGCUGAAUAUGUUCCGGCCGGCACCAAUCUAAGUAUAUCAGACAGGAACGUAACUUGCGGUAGCCCAUGGCAAGUGGUUGCUGUCGACAUCUGCAGGAUUGGUGUCCAUGUCGCUACGUCGACAUGCUCAGGCAUCGUGUCAGAAGCUUGGUUGCCUGCGAACUGGACUGGCAGAUUCUUAGGCACAGGAAACGGUGGGUUGAACGGCUGCAUCAAUUAUCCGGAUCUGGCCUAUGGAGUUGAGCUAGGGUUCGCGACAGUGGGAGCUAACAAUGGUCAUAACGGUACCAGUGGUGGUGCAUUCUUCAAUAGCCCUGAAGUUCUUGAAGACUUCGUAUAUCGAUCAGUUCACACCAACGUCAUUACUGGUAAAGAAAUCACGAGAAUCUUCUAUGGUGAACCGCACACGAAAUCGUACUACUUGGGAUGCUCGACCGGUGGACGCCAGGGUUUCAAGGAGGCGCAAGAUUUCCCAGAGGAUUUCGAUGGCAUCGUUGCCGGCGCACCCGCUUUCGACUGGAACGACCUGAUGUCGUGGACUGGAAGAUUCUAUACCAUCACCGGGGACAACACGAGCGACACCUUUGUACCUCAAACCCUCUGGCCUCUCAUUCACGAAGACGUUCUCAAGCAAUGUGACGGACUCGAUGGCGUGGAAGACGGCAUCCUCGAGAACCCCAAGCUCUGCAACUACGAUUCAACCGGCCUGAUAUGCUCUGCAGGCGAAACAGAGAACUGUCUAACCCCAACCCAAUCCAACACGGUGCAACAACUACUGUCCCCUCUUACCUCUGAAGACGGCUCCGUACUUUACCCACGUCUCCAACCCGGAUCAGAGAUUGGAGCUGCCGCACGCCAGUUCACCGGUGAGCCAGGGCCGUACCCCUACGACUGGUACCGCUGGGCCAUAUACAAUGACUCAACCUGGGACCCAGCCUCUCUCAACUACUCUGACUACGACUUUGCGAACUCCGUUAACCCAUUCAACAUUGCGACAUGGAAAGGUGACCUCAGUGAUGCAAAGGACCGCGGCGUCAAGAUCCUCCACUACCACGGUCUCGAAGAUCCGGCCAUCACGUCUGAAAUCUCGCCAGUAUACUACGAACACGUCAGCUCGACUAUGGGUCUGCCGCCCUCUGAGCUGGACGCGUUUUAUCGAUUCUUCCAACUCAGCGGUACCGCUCACUGUACGGGUGGUGCCGGCGCAAGCGUCGUCGGCCAGAGGUAUCCUGCUGUGGGAAGCUUCGAUCCGAAGGAGAAUGUUCUCAUGGCCGUUGUUGACUGGGUUGAGAAUGGCAAUGCGCCAGAGUACAUCACUGGAACGAAGUGGGUGAAUGGCACGAAGAGUUCAGGGGUCGACUACAAGCGGAGGCAUUGCAAGUAUCCCAAGACGAACCACUUCAAGGGUGGCGAUGCGAAGAAUCCAGAUAGUUGGGAGUGUGAGUAG